GCUGGAGAGUUCCGGGGACUGUGCAUCCCAGGGCAGCUGGAGCCGGAGCUGCUCCUUGAUUACGCUGUGUCAGGGUUGUCUGGGCAACUGUUCACAGCAGGCAUCUUGUCAUCUUUUGCCCUCUGCUGUAUGCGGAAUGUUUUGCUGUGCAGAAGCAAAGAGAAGACUGGGGAAAGCGCCACAGCAGGAAGGAGAAGCUGGGGUCUGAUUGAACAGCAGCGGUAUGCCUGGAUCAGCUGCAGCUCUCCGACAAGAGAGACUGAAGAAGACCCAUGCAAGGACAAUUCCCCUUGGUUUAUUCACCAUUAAUGAGGAAGACGAGCUGCAAAAGAAUGGAAAUUCCAGAAGACCCAGAGCAUCUGAUGGCUGUAAAGUACAAGAGAAGAAAACUGCCCCCAACCGCCCCACUUCUACAGUUUCAGGACAAAAUAGCAACCACUCAGGAAAUAAGCCAGAUCCCCCGCCUGUGCUACGCGUUGAUGACCGGCAGCGUCUGGCCAGGGAACGCCGUGAGGAACGGGAAAAGCAGCUAGCUGCCCGAGAAAUCGUCUGGCUGGAAAGAGAAGAGCGAGCCCGGCAGCACUAUGAAAGGCACCUGGAAGCGCGCAAGAAGAAGCUGGAGGACCAGCGGCUGAAGGAAGAGCGGAGGAGGGCUGCGGUGGAGGAGAAGCGAAGACAGAGGCUGGAGGAGGACAAGGAGCGCCAUGAAGCUGUCGUUCGGAGGACGAUGGAGAGAAGCCAGAAGCCAAAGCAGAGAUAUAACCGGUGGUCGUGGGGAGGCCCUCUCCACGGGAGCCCUAGAGUGCACAGCGCAGAUCCAGACAGGCGGUCAGUUUCCACCAUGAAUCUCUCGAGACAUGCUGAUCCUGUCAUUAGCAAGCGGCUUUCAUCCUCAUCUGCAACUUUGCUAAAUUCUCCAGACAGAGCUCGCCGCCUGCAGCUCAGCCCCUGGGAGAGCAGCGUUGUUAGCAGACUCCUGACGCCCACACAUUCGUUCCUGGCCAGAAGUAAAAGCACGGCCGCCUUGUCUGGAGACACAGUUAUCCCCAUUUGUCCUCGUUCAGCAUCUUGCAGCCCCAUCAUCAUGCCCUUCAAAGCUGCACACUCUAGAAACGCAGUGGAGCGACCAAAACUCUUUGUAACACCGCCUGAGGGCCCUGCACGGAGGAGGACCAUUCACGGAGCAGCGAGCCAUAAAAGAGAGCGAGAAAGAGAAGGCAUUCCUUUCCAUGUUUCCUCUGGCGGCCGAAGGACUCUGUCUCCAUCAAAUCCCAAAGCAAGAUCAUCAGCUUCAGCCCGCCUUUGGCUCCCAUCCAAGUCCAUGCCUCAUUUGCCCGGCACACCACGACCAGCAUCCAACUUGCCUCCUGGCUCAGCCAAAGCUGCUUCCACUCAGGCCCAUCCGUCAUCCCCUGGCAACAUCCGCCCUAUCAAGAAAGAAGUCAAAGUGGAGCCUGAGAAAAAAGACCCUGAGAAGAAAGUUGCCAAUGAGCCCUCAGUGAAGGGUAGAGCACCCCUAGUGAAGGUAGAAGAGGCCACAGUGGAAGAGGGGACACCCGUAGAGCCAACUGACCCUGCUGUUCCAGCCCCAACCCCCGUUCCAACCCGGGCCCCUGCUCCAGCUACGGACCCGGCCCCAGUCCCAGCACCAUCAUCCCCUGUGGCUAUUCCUAAGACUUCUGCAGGCACCACUGACCCAGAAGAGGCUACGAGGCUGCUGGCUGAGAAGAGGAGGCUUGCCAGAGAGCAGCGGGAGAAGGAGGAAAGGGAAAGGAGGGAAAAGGAAGAGCUGGAAAGACAAAAGAGAGAGGAACUGGCCCGAAGGGUGGCUGAAGAGCGAAGCCGCCGGGAAGAAGAGGCCCGCAGGCUGGAAGCGGAGCUCGCGCGAGAGAAAGAGGCGCUGGCGCUGCGCCUGGCCGAGGAGGAGCGGGAGCGGUCGGAGAGGGAGGAGGUGGACCGCCUGCAGAAGCAGAAAGAAGAAGAAGCCCGCGCCAGGGAGGAGGCGGAGAGGGCCCGGCAAGAACGAGAGAAGCAUUUCCAGAGAGAAGAGCAGGAGCGCCUGGAGAGGAAGAAGCGACUUGAAGAGAUCAUGAGAAGAACCAGGAGAACAGACCCGGCGGAUAAGAAAACCACCGAACAAAGAAAUGGUGACAUAGCCAAAGGAGUUCUUCCUGGAGAAACAGAGGUGUCUGCGCUACCAGGUAUGAACUCUCCAGGAAAUAGAGACUCUGCUGACAGCCCACAUGGAGUCGCUUUACAACAAUCAAAAGUGACCACAGAGAGCUCUCCGAUUUUGGAAAAACAGCCAAAUGAAAAUGGAAUGUCUGUACAAAAUGAAAAUUUUGAAGAAAUUAUAAAUUUACCUGUUGGAUCAAAAGCACCCAGAUUAGAUAUCACCAACAACGAGAGCCCCGAAAUUCCUUUGAAACCAAUUUUGGCCUUUAGUGAUGAAGGGACGCUCGGAUCCCUACCUCAGGUAGACGGUGUGCAAACACAACAGACUGCAGAAGUUAUAUGAGCAUUUCCUCUGAAGAACCAAAGCAGGCAUUUUCUACAACUAAUGGAAUUUCAGGCUCCAAAGGAGCACCUCCCUCCAGUUUUCUAAAGAGUUCUUGACCAUCAUUUUGAAAGACUUAUUAAAGCCAGCUAAAGACAACAGGCUGGGUAGCUUUUCUAAUCAUUUUCGCCAAUAGAAAGAAAUGCUCCUCAAUCUUGAUGCCCUGAGAUGACUUUUUCCAGAGUGCUCGCUCCUUCUUAGUAAAUCAAUAUUUUUCUGCAUUCUUUAAAAAAAAAAAAAAGAAAGAAAGAAAAAGAGCAUUUGAAAGAGCAUAUAAAAAGAAAUGGAUGGACAAGGCAUGAUUUUUCACAUGGAUCUUUUCAUUUUUAAACUUUAAUAUAUAUAAAAUUGGCAAAAUAAAAUACCUUUUACAAGGUAAUACUUGAAAAUGAGUACCUCUUUGCUCUCCAAGUAGAGUGAUUUGGGGGGAAGGGGUUGUGUAAACAAACCUGUCUGUUUCAAUGUUACUGCAAAAGCUGUUUGUAGAGGCAGAAGGUGACCCAGGUCACCAGCUCUGGUAAACACAGCCUGCCGUGGGCGUCCCGCAGAGCCACAGUCUCCCUGAGACUCCUUUUACAGAACUGUACUGACAAGUGUGAAAACAUCUUUUCAGAGAAAGGAAAUAGUCUACCGUCCUCUUCAGUGGUGUGUUGAUAAUAAGCGUUUUCUCAGCUAGGUGAAUUAGAGCAAUGUGGCAGCGCCGCGGGUGCCACUGGCAGAGGCAUCCCGUCAGCUGCGGCGACGAAGAUGGCAUGAGCACGCGGGGCUGGCUCUGACGUCUGUAUGUUGCUGCUGUCCCCGGUGACGGUGGGACUUAAUCUCUCUCUGCCUUACGUGAUCACAAAUGAUGUGGGGGAAACAAAUACUUCUUUAGAUCAAAAAAGAAUUUGGUUCUGCUCGUUUCAGAGCAAUGAAAAAAAAUGAUGGAAUGUCCACUGUGCCGGGGGACAAAGGCCUUCGAGGAUGUCCUCGGUCUGUGUGGCAUCCACCGUCAUUCGUCACUCUUGCUGCUGAGCCCAGCUGUACAAACCUGCACUUUCAUUUGCUAAUAUGUAAAUUCAAAUUUAUUUUUCCCACUUAAGAGACAAGUAAUGAGAAAUGGAGAAGAAAAUGCCGAGGGAAACGGUUUUCUGUGGAGUGUUAAUUGGAUAUAAAUUCCUACCACUGAUGUAUCAGUUUUAUACAAAGAGCGAUUGGUUAAUCUACAAGAUUUAAUGAGAGACUUUUCAUCUAUUGGAUUAUUUCUUUUAAAUCCAAGCAUAUAAUCUUUACCAACAGUUUGUAAAUCGUUAAAACAUUAAUUUGUGGGGGUUCCCUAUUGUUUGGUUGUCCAUGUACAUCUAGAUAUUGUAUUAAAAAAUUCUGUUCAACAAA